AUGAACACAGUGCAAGCGCAGAAGGAGAAUGUGGACUCAACCGCCAGCAGUAGCAAUGGCGCGAACAGACUGAAAAAAACUGCCGGUCAGGACAACUUCUGGACACCAAGGCGUGGGUUUGUGGUCCAUGACGACUCAAAGUCCACAGGGCGAAAGGGGCUGAAAGAGAGAUCGUCAAACAAGAGACGGGUGCUGGACGACAUCUCCAACAAACAGCAGGGCAAUCAGACAUCUCAUAUUCCCGGUGGAAGUGCGUCAGCGAAAAAGUCUACGCCGGGUAGUGAUGAUCUGGGAAAGCUGAAGAAACGUGAGGCUAGUAAGAAGGUCAAGACUCCACUCAAAACGAAGGGCGUCACGCCACUCAAGUCUAAGACAGAGGUCAAGCCGUUACGUGUGGAGGAAGCGCCGGAGAUCGAGUUAGCGUACGGCGGGCUAUCUCCGCUGAAGUCAGAGUUGGCGUACUCGCAAGACGUGCACGACGAGAUCGUACGAGACAUCAUCAACGACACGACGCCGUCUCUCGGUGAUGCUUUUGACGCUGCGCCUGAUAUUGAUGACUGGAGCGAUGAGAGAGCGAUGCUGCAAAGUGGAGAGCCUCCUUCUCCGUGGUGGUCUCAGGAAUUUGAGAAAGAUGGCUUGCAAGAGGAGAAAGAGGAACAGUAUCCUGCGCUUGAUGAUGUACCACCACCGGACGAUUUUUCAGGCAGUUCUCCUGAUGCCUUUGACGCGGACAAAGAAUUGCUCGAAGAUCUGCUUAGUGUGGAUGUGGAAGCAUGCACUGGGUAA